AUGCGUGAUACAAGCGUUGUAGACGAUAAUUUUCAACCUUACACAAAGGUUAAAGAUAUUAUUGAUUCUUAUGUUGUACCAACAGCAGAUCCACAUCAAAAUAAAUAUGUUGUUGAUCAUUAUAAACGACGAGAAUUUAUUUCAAAAUUUACCGGAUCUACUGGUACAGCUGUAAUAACAAAUAAAGAAGCCUUUCUUUUCACUGAUGAUCAUUAUUUUCUUCAAACUGAAAAAGAAUUAGAUCAAACAUGUUGGAAAUUGAUAUAUGAGAAAAUGAAAGAUAAUUUUUCAAUAAUAAAUUGGCUUGCAAGAAAUUUGAAUAAUAAUUCAAUAGUUGCAUGUGAUCCUCAACUUGUUUCUAUUUCUGAAUGGAAAGAAUGGGAAAGAAUAUUUUUACAGUAUAAUAUAUAUCUUAUAUCUCUGGAAGUUAAUUUAAUUGAUCUUUUAUGGAAUGAUCAAAGACCAUCAUUACCUGAUACAUCUAUUUGUAUUUCGAACAAUGAAAUUCAAUCUUCUAGUAACCCAGGUCGAGGUUUACGGAGGCUAUUCGAUUUACGUGUUGUUAAUAUUCAAUUUAAUUCAGUUUUUCUUUCUUUUGCUCUUAUUGGACGUGACUAUGUCAAACUUUUCAUUGAUUUAAAUAAUUUAUCGAAAUCAAUUCAAGAUUAUCUUCAAUUUGAAAAUAUUUUGGUAUAUCCUUAUGAUUCAUUUUAUAAUGAAUUUUAA